AUGGAUCUGUUCCGAGUCGGGUCAGGUAUGGAUUUGUUAGCGUGGAGAGGAAUGGCCUACACGUUUCUUCUCCUCAACUUCGUCUUCGUUUGCCAACUUCUUCUCCUUCAACCCCUCGUAUCCGCUUUAGAUGGUGAAUCUGUGAAUGCUGCUGAGUUAUAUGAGAGGGCAUCACAAAGCAUCAAAGUGAAGCAUUUUAGCGACGCUCUCGAUGAUCUCAAUGCUGCCAUUGAAGUUGACCCUGCUCUUUCUGAAGCUUAUUUCAAACGUGCUUCCGUGCUUCGUCAUUUUUGCAGAUACGAAGAUUCAGAGAUUAGCUACCAUAAGUAUUUAGAACUACAUCCAGGCGAUUCCAAUGCUGAGAAAGAGCUCUCUCAGCUUCAUCAAGCUAAGAGUGCGUUGGAGACUGCUUCGUCUCUCUAUGAAUCAAAGGACAUUGGGAAGGCUCUUGAGUUUGUUGAUAAAGCAAAGCUUCUUAAAGUGAAGCUCCUUAUGGUGUCUAAAGACUACUCAGCUGCAAUUUCAGAGACUGGUUAUAUCCUCAAGGAAGAUGAAAAUAACCUUGAAGCUCUGCUCCAGAACACAGCAGAAGAUAAUGCAAGCAAAGGAAAGCUGAGAGUUUCAACAGAGGAUUACAAAGCAGCUAUAGCUCUAGACCCUGAACAUACUGCACAUAACGUUCAUCUCUAUCUUGGACUAUGCAAGGUCUCCGUCAGGCUUGGCCGUGGAAAAGACGGCUUAGAUAGCUGCAACGAAGCACUUAACAUAGAUUCAGAACUGACUGAAGCAUUACAUCAGGUUCAUAUCAUUAAGUAUUAA